AUGGCUUCGCUUUCCAAACUAACAUUUUCUGGGAAGGUGCUGACAGAACCCCAAAAUGGGGGAAAUAUGGCCUUUCUAGACAUGUCUCUGGAUGACAUUAUAAUCCUUAGAAAGAUAGAAGAUACAAGCACUGAAGAAAUAAAGGAUGGGGCAGAGAACCAUCUAAAAAAUAACUCAGUUUCAAGACGGCGAUCAAAUACUCGUAAGCAUCGCCGGCAGAGAGGAUACUCAAGGUUCAGAAACAAAGUCGAGGAAAGAAAUGAUAAACCAAACCAAAAACCUUUUGGACUCAAGACUGGACAAAGCCCUUUGAACAGGCAGCCUUUAAUGAUUCAGGAGAAAUGCAAUGACAAUUCUAAGGCCCAAGCAGAGAAGAAUAAAGGCCAAUCAAAGGGAAACCAACUUCAAUUGAAAGGUCCUCAAGAGCAAUCAGAAGAAUACCGACACUAUUCAGAUAGAUCUCGAGGCCAAUCAGAAAAGUCUAAUGGCCAAGCAGAGAGAUCUCGUGGCUACAAAGAAAGAUCUCGUGGCCAAUCAGAGCGCUCACGUGGCCAAUCAGAGCGCUCAUGUGGCCGAUCAGAGCGCUCUUGCAGCCAACCAGAGCGCUCAUGCAGCCAAUCAGAGCGCUCUCGUGGCCAAUCAGAGCACUCUCGUGGCCAAUUAGAGAGGUCUCGUAGCCAACAGAAAGAUCUCAUAGCCAAUCAGAGAGAUAUCAUGGCCACUCAGAGAGAUCUCGUGACCACGCAAAGAGAUCUAAUGUCCUAUCAGAGAGAUCUUAUGGCCAAACAAAGAGAUUUCAUAGUCAAUCAGAGAGAUCCCGUGACCAAUCAGGGAGACAUGGAAGAUACUCACCAGUAGAAAUUGAGUCUGAAUUUGAC